GGGAGCUUCCAUCUUCUCUCUGCUUCUUCAUCCUCUUUUUAAAGCUAUUUAGACGUAGACUUAGAUCAGAUUCCGAACCUAAUCCAUGAUUAGCUAACUGGAGUGGGAAAAGGAAGAGUCUAUAUUAGUUUUGAUGCUGCUAGGUGGAUAUGCAGUGAAAAGUGUUAUGAUUUUUUUUUUCUUUUUUUGGUUUUGUUGCAUUUUUGCACUCUCACAGCAGGCGUUUUGCUGAUGUCUUUCUCACGCGAUUGUAGGCUAUUUGAGAUCAGAGGCUAAAAGCGAAAAUUCCGUUUUUAUUUCAAAAUGAACACCAUGCCUACACGCGAAUGUGUUUUGCUGGAGACUGGAAGCGCAUGACGGAAUUACGACUUUAUUAUUACACUUUUCCCGAUACGCAGUUGAACUAAAUAGGCUACAGUAGCUUGCCGAUAAAUUGGAUUUUAACGUUACAUCCACCUCAUCACAAAAUAAUCGCAAACUGAUAUCCUGAUCAUACGAGAUAGCCUACAUGUUUUUGUAAUGGUAUUAAAGCACUCGCGGUUGCUGUCAUUGAGAAAUAGGCAUACCCUAAGAUAUUCGCUUUCGAAGUGAAUACAAUUUAUCAGUCUGAAACUGAGCAACUUCAGCGUUUUCUAUAGGAUGUCGCGCCGCAAGCAAGCUAAACCAAGAUCAUUGAAAGCAGAAGACAAUGUGACAGAGGAUCAGCACAGUUCUGGGCCGACUGCCAUUCCAAGCGAUUCAGAGUGUGCCCUCGAGAGGGCGACGGAAGAUGGCGAGCCCCGGCAUCUGAGGAAGAGGCUUCUGUCUCCCGAGGAAGGGGAGGAGGGAGAGGAGGAGGACGACGAGCCCGCGCUGCACAGCUGCGACAGCUGCCGGCAGGUGUUUGAGUCGCUGAGCGAUCUCACCGAACACAAGAUUAAUCAAUGCCAGCUGACAGACGGUGUUGACAUCGAGGAUGACCCUUCUUGCUCCUGGCCUGCAUCAUCUCCCUCCAGCAAGGACCAGACUUCCCCAGGCCACUGUGAGGACUAUGACUACGGUGAGGACGAAGGCGGCCCUGGCCUGCCGUACCCGUGUCAGUUUUGCGACAAGUCCUUCAGCCGCCUGAGCUUCCUCAAGCGCCACGAGCAGAGCCACGGCGACAAGCUCCCCUUCAGCUGCACCUUCUGCAGCCGCCUGUUCAAGCACAAGCGCAGCCGCGACCGCCACGUCAAGCUGCACACGGGCGACAAGAAGUACCACUGCGGCGAGUGCGACUCGGCCUUCUCCCGCAGCGACCACCUCAAGAUCCACAUGAAGACCCACGCGUCCAACAAGCCCCACAAGUGCCCCGUGUGCCGCCGGGGCUUCCUGUCCUCCAGCUCCCUCCACGGGCACAUGCAAGUGCACGAGAGGGGCAAGGAUGGCGGCGGCGGCGCCUCGGGGCUCUCCAGGGCCGAGGAGUGGAAACUGAAGGAGACACGUAAAUGCAGCCGCUGCGAGGAGGGCUUCGACGUCCCCGAGGAGCUCCAGAGGCACAUCGCCGAGUGCCACCCCGAGUGCUCUCCGUCAGAGGACGGGGCACUGAGUGGCGCCCUGCAGUGCAUCUACUGCCACGAGCCCUUCAGCGACGAGGGCACCCUGCUCACCCACAUCGACCAGGCCCACAGCCGCGACCGGAAGGGCCACUCGUGCGCCAUCUGCUCCGAGCACUUCCUGUCUGUGGAAGACCUCUAUGCCCACAUGGACGUCCACCAGCUCCCCGAGUCCAGUAACCAUAGCAACAGCCCGUCGCUGCUGACGGUCGGCUACACCUCGGUCUCCAGCACCACCCCUGACUCUAACCUCUCGGUGGACAGUUCCACCAUGGUUGAGGCGGCCCCGCCGGUUCCCAAGACCCGGGGGAGGAGGAAGAGGGCAGCCCAGCAUGCCUCUGACAUGGGGGGCCGCUCCUCCAAACAGCCCAAGAUCUCUUACAGCUGCAUCUACUGCACCAAGCAGAUGUUCUCCAGCCUGGCUGUGCUUCAGAUCCACCUGAGAACCAUGCACCUGGACAAGCCGGAGCAGGCCCACACUUGCCAGUUCUGCCUGGAGGUGCUGCCCUCGCUCUUCAACUUGAACGAGCACCUGAAGCAGGUGCACAAUGCAGAGGACCACGUCGCCCUGCUAGCUAGCCUGCCAGACGCCCUGCUCCAGUGCAACUUCUGCCCUGAGGUUCUGGGCGACCUCAAUGCCCUCCAGGAGCACAUCCGCUGCACUCAUGGUUUCCCCAGCCCCGUGGCCAAGGAGAGCAACGCCUUCUUCUGCCCGCAGUGCUUCAUGGGCUUCCUGACGGAGGCCACGCUGGAGGAACACGUCCGUCAGACGCACUGCGACGGGGGCAGCCUGCGCUUCGACUCUCCCCUGGCCGUGACGCCCAAGGAGCCCAUCGUGGAGGUGUACUCGUGCUCCUACUGCACCAACUCGCCCAUCUUCAACAGUGUUUUGAAGCUGAACAAGCACAUCAAGGAGAACCACAAGAACAUCCCGCUGGCACUCAACUACAUCAACAACGGGAAGAAGUCCCUAAGGACACUCAGCCCCUCUUCGCCCAUCUCUGUGGAGCAAACAGCACUGCUCAAACAUGGAGGCUCCUCGUCUCGCGCCACCAGUGAGUUCAUCUGUAACCAGUGCGGGGCCAAAUAUACCAGUCUGGACCUGUUCCAGACCCACCUGAAAACUCACCUGGAUGGGCUCCAGCCCCAGCUCACGUGCCCCCAGUGCAACAAAGAGUUCCCCAACCAGGAAUCCCUGCUCAAGCACGUGACAGUCCACUUCACCAUCACUUCCACCUACUACAUCUGCGAGAGCUGCGACAAGCAGUUCACCUCCGUGGACGAUCUUCAGAAGCACCUGCUGGACAUGCACACCUUUGUGUUCUUCCGCUGCACCCUGUGCCAGGAAGUGUUUGACUCCAAGGUGUCGACUCAGCUCCACCUGGCUGUCAAGCACAGCAACGAGAAAAAGGUGUUCCGCUGCACCUCGUGCAACUGGGACUUCAGGCAUGAGACGGACCUGCAGUUGCACGUCAAACACAGUCACCUGGAGAACCAGGGCCGGGCCCACCGCUGCAUCUUCUGCGGCGAAUCCUUUGGCACGGAAGUGGAGCUGCAGUGCCACAUCACCACCCACAGCAAGAAGUACAACUGCCGCUUCUGCAGCAAGGCCUUCCACGCCAUCGUCUUGCUGGAGAAGCACCUGAGAGAGAAGCACUGUGUGUUCGAGGGCAAGGCCCAGAACUGCGGCGCCAACGGCUCCACCGCGGGAGGGACGGACGCCGCGACGAAGGAGGACGCCGAGCUACAGGGUCUCCUGACCAACAGUCACGGCGCAGCGGCGCCCGGAGGAACCGCCGUCGAGCCUCAGAACAGCCACGACGGGAGCGAAGAGGAGGUGGACACGGCGGACCCCAUGUUUGGGUGUGACAUCUGUGGCGCAUCCUACACCAUGGACUCCCUCCUGACCAACCACCAGCUGCGGGACCACAACAUCCGCCCAGGGGAGAGUGCCAUGAUGAAGAGGAAGGCGGACAUGAUCAAGGGCAACCACAAGUGUAACGUCUGCUCGCGUACCUUCUUCUCCGAAGCGGGGCUGAGGGAGCACAUGCAGACCCACCUGGGCCCUGUCAAACACUACAUGUGCCCCAUCUGUGGAGAACGCUUCCCUUCUCUGCUCACCCUUACCGAGCACAAGGUCACCCACAGCAAGAGCCUGGACACGGGCAGCUGCCGGAUCUGCAAGAUGCCCCUGCAGUGCGAAGAGGACUUCCUGGAGCACUGCCAGAUGCACCCUGACCUGAGGAACUCUCUGACGGGCUUCCGCUGUGUUGUCUGCAUGCAGACCGUCACCUCCACCCUGGAGCUUAAGAUCCACGGCACCUUCCACAUGCAGAAGACCGGCACCAUGUCCACCAAUCACCCCAUUGGCCGCAACACCGUGGCCUCCCACCACCACCACCACCAGGUCCAGAAGCUCUUCAAGUGUGCCUCUUGCCUGAAGGAGUUCCGCUCCAAGCAGGACCUUGUGAAGUUGGACAUCAACGGCCUGCCCUACGGCCUGUGUGCUUCCUGCGUUAGCGCAGCUGGCUCCAAGAGCUCCAGCCCCACCGUGAACGGAGGCAGGCAGCAGCAGGGCGGCGCGACCACCCCAGCAGUGGCAGCCGCCACCUGGGUCCAAGGGGAGAGUCUCAGCCCCGGGGAGGGGAAAGUCAAAGCCGCCUCCUCCUCCUCUUCGUCCUCCUCCUCCUCUUCCUCAACCGCCGCCAAAACGCGUUGCACCAGCUGUAAUGUGAAGUUUGAGUCGGAGGCGGAGCUGCAGGCCCAUGUCCAGACAGUGCACCGGGAGCAGGGAGGGGACAGCAACAGUGGACAGCUAAGGACCCCCCAGGUGUCCCCGAUGCCCAGAGCCAGCCCCUCACAAACAGAGGAGAAGAAGACCUACCAGUGCAUCAAAUGUCAGAUGGUCUUCUACAGCGAAUGGGACAUCCAAGUCCAUGUGGCCAAUCACAUGCUAGAGGAGGGACUCAACCACGAAUGCAAGCUCUGCAGUCAGUCGUUCGACUCGCCCGCCAAACUCCAAUGCCACCUGAUCGAGCACAGCUUCGAGGGGAUGGGCGGCACUUUCAAGUGUCCCGUCUGCUUCACUGUGUUCGUUCAGGCCAGUAAGCUCCAGCAGCACAUCUUCUCAGCGCACGGCCAGGAAGAUAAGAUCUACGACUGCUCCCAGUGUCCUCAGAAGUUCUUCUUCCAGACAGAACUACAGAACCACACGCUGACCCAGCACAGCAGCUAACGUGGCGGCCGUCGUCACUGCCUUGGGGGAAGGAGAGUCGCACAGAGAGGUGUGGAAGACCCGUCUGACCGAGGACGACCACAAGGGCCGACUCCUGCCGACCACUCGCGCUACAAUUCUGUUUCUACCUGAGGAACAACGUCAAAGAGCUUAAGAAAAAGAAAACUUAGCAGACAAGCUGAAAGAAUGAAAACAAAAGAUUCAAGCAAACGCCACUUGGAAAAAGAGGCCGUCUGGUUUGUAUAUAGAAUUCUUCAUGUGUUGCUUAAUUCCAGCUAUAUUGCAAUCUUAUACAGUAUUUGCCAGUGUACAGUUACAACCAUUUGUUCCCCUUCCCCACCCCCACACCCAAAAAAGAGAAAGGGAAGAAAAAAAAAUAACAAUGCCACUGUCAAUCAGUCCACAUGGAACUCAUUCACACUUGUUGGAGAAACAGGGUGCCGAUCAAGACUGGGACUAGGCCAUUGGAAGCAGGAAACUCUUUCAGGACCCUUUUUGUCAGCGCACACACAACAAGUGUAUGUUGCACAUUAGAAGGGGGAGGCUGAAUGCUAGAUCAUCGGCACUCUGUAUCCUAAUGUCACCUCAGCAACAACAUGGCUGCCAGUCGACCAGCUGAGGGUUUUUUUCUGGUUUGCCCACGCACUCUCCAAAUGAGAGAGCUAGAAUUUUGGGAGGUGAAAAAAACAGAACAGAACUCCGAUAUAUGCAAAAGCAGUGACAACGAUUUGGAAAGACUAGCACCGCACCUCUCGUUGGUGUAGGAACAGAGGUGUGAACCCCCCCCCCCCACCCACGCAGCCGUACCUUGACCCCCGCCACUACCCCCUCCCCCCGUAGGACUGGCGGUGCACGGGGGGACCCCUAGACCCACUGACUCAACCUGUACAUUUCUGUUAUUAAUGUUUACUGCUUGUACAAGCCUGGAGACGACUGGAAAUGUUUCUGUUUGUCAUCUCUGUAUUUGAUUUUGCAAUGGGGAGUAAAUCCAUUUUCAAUGUGGCAGGGGGGGGGGGGGGGGGGGGGCGGGGGUAAAAGCUCCGUCAAUGUAUUCCACAGGUUCCACCCAAGGGUAGGGUUUUGAAACUGUGUCUUGGGCUCUCGUGGCGAGCUCCUAAGCGAUCUCCUCUUGUUUCCUCGAAAUCUCAUUGCUCUGCUCAAGCUGGAAGCCGUUGUGGCGAUAUACACGACUAUAAAUCAUUCUGUUAUGUAAAUGUUUUGCAUUCAUUGAACCUGAGAUGCACUUUUGUAUGAAACUUUAAUGUUUUGACCUUUUGAUUGAGAAUUGUUCGUACUCAGUUUACAGGAAACCACCAUCUCCUGCAGCAAAAGGACAGUAAUAUCUGAUGUUAUUAAAUUGUAUUGUACAAAUAUAGAGUUCUGUAUUUGGCAGAGCUCGUUUUUUGUGUUGCACAUGUGAUGGAAAUAUUAAAACUGUAUGAGAAAAUGGC